AUGGACUUGGAUACAUUUGAGGCCCCGAAGAGAUUCAAUAUGCCGAGGUUUCAGAUCUAUGACUGUAAGUCUGAUCCCAACUUUCAUGUUGGUUUGUAUUUGAAUUCAAUCGCUUUGUGGAGUGGGAAUGAGCAGUUGCUAUGCAAAGUAUUCCCAUCAUCCUUUGGGGAGAUAGCAUCGGAUUGGUUCUAUAAACUGCCGAAAGGGAGUGUAAAGAGUUGGGAAAGCCUGGCCAAGAAGUUUGUGGCCAGGUUUUUUACGAACAAGUUGCAGUCACUAAUGAUAGAUUCCCUAUUGGCUUUGAAGAUUGGUGAUGGCGAAAGCCUCAGGGUUUAUGCCAAGAGAUACUGUAAGGUGUAUAACCAGAUUCCGGCUUGUAACCAGGAGCUAGCAGUCGUGUCAUUCAAGAACGGCCUGGAUGAUAAAUGCUCGCUUCAAAAAUCACUUGCACAAACCCUACCGAAGAGCAUGGAAGAGCUCAUGACAUAG